AUGCCUGUGACCCUUGCCCUCUUGCUCCUCCUGAGCCAGGCCAGCGCAGACCCAUGCUACCAUCCAGGGGGCCGCCCUCGCUUCUGCCUCCCGCCAGUGACCCAGCUGGCUGCCAUGGCCGCCUCCUGUCCCCGGGCCUGCAUCCUUGCCCCAGGGGUGGACCUUGGCCCCCGGGCCACCUGCAAUGGCAGUAUGACCCUGGGGCUAGGUGGCCCCUUCCUCCUGACGUCUGUCAGCCUGCGCUUCUGCACCCCAGGACCCCCAGCCCUGGUCCUGUCUGCCGCCUGGACCAGCGGAGGUCCCUGGAGAUCACUGUGGCGCAGACCUGCCUGGCCGGGGGCCUUGGGAGGCCCUGAGAGGGUGACCUUCCGAGCCCCACCGGGCCUCAGGACCAGCGUGUUGGCCAGUCACCUUCGCGUGGAGCUUGGGGGUCGGGCAGGGCUGGCAGCAGCAGGAGUGAGAGGCCGCUGCCAGUGCCACGGCCACGCAGCCCGCUGUGCUGCCCGCGCCCAGCCACCCCGCUGCCACUGUCGCCACCACACCACCGGCCCAGGGUGUGAGAGCUGCCGCCCAUCCCACCGAGACUGGCCUUGGCGACCCGCCACACCCCAGCAUCCUCACCCUUGCCUGCCCUGCUCCUGCAACCAGCACGCCCGACGCUGCAGGUUCAACUCCGAGCUGUUCAGGCUGUCGGGCGGCCAGAGCGGGGGUGUCUGCGAGCGCUGCCGCCACCACACUGCCGGGCGGCAUUGCCACUACUGCCAGCCGGGGUUCUGGAGGGACCCCAGCCAGCCUAUCACCAGCCGCAAGGCCUGCAGGGCCUGCCAGUGCCAUCCUAUUGGGGCAACAGGUGGUACCUGCAAUCAGACCAGUGGGCAGUGCUCCUGCAAGAUAGGGGUCACCGGCCUGACAUGCAACCGCUGUGGUCCUGGCUACCAGCAGAGCCACUCCCCCAGGAUGCCCUGCCAGCGAAUUCCAGAGGCAACAACCAUGCUGGCUACGACCCCUCGGGCUUACAGCGCUGACCCUCAGUGUCAAAACUACUGCAAUACCUCGGACACCAAGGUACACAUGAGCCUUCGGAGGUACUGCCAGCAGGACUACGUUCUCCACGCGCAGGUGCUGGCGUCCGAGGCGGCUGGCCCCGUGUGGCAGCGAUUGGCUGUUCGCGUGCUGGCUGCGUACAAGCAGCGGGCCCGGCCUGUGCGCCGCGGCAGCCAGGACGCCUGGGUGCCCCGCGCCGACCUGGCCUGCGGCUGCCUGCGCCUACAGCCCGCCACCCACUACCUGCUGCUGGGCAGCGCGGCUGGCGGCCCCGACCCCACGCGCCUGGUCCUCGAUCGCCACGGCCUCGCGUUACCUUGGAGGCCGCACUGGGCCCGGCCGCUGCGGCGGCUGCAGCAGGGGGAACGCGCUGGGGGCUGCCGCGGACUGGGGCUCCCGACCCCGAGCCCCGAACCCGGGAUCUAGAGCCCGACCAGGUGGCCUCGAACGCCAAGGAAAGCACUAGAAGCAAGGACCGCGUGAAGCUUUCUACCUCAAUGGCGGAUCCCUCAGCGAGCCAAUCAGACUCCGCAGAGCACCCGACGUCACAGGCUCUAACCAGGCGUGAGGGACGUUUAGUCAAAGGCGACACACUGCAAGCAGGACCCUUGGUCUCUGGCUAGGACACGUGACCUAUGAUCUAUAAGGGCCUCCUCAAUAAAGCUUCAAAUCUUGGA